GCCGGGGCGAGGCGGGCGGCUGUAGGGUCCCCCUAUCUGUCCCACACCGUGGCAUGGAAACGGGACCCUGCUGAAGGGACGAGGGAAGGGAUGCUCAGCCCCUAGCACCCCCCCGGCCAUGAGCAUGUCAGCCCUUCCUGAGCCCCUGGGCCGCCCACGGAGCAGCUCCUUCCGCAGUCUGGCUGGGACUCUGGAAGCCAACCUGGGCAUGGGGACUCUGGAGGAGGACAGGGAGGAGAUGCGCAUCCUCAAGGUGUGCUUCUACAGCAACAGCUUCAACAUGGGCAAGAAUUUCAAGCUGAUCAAGUGCCCUGUGACGACAGAGAUCCGGGAGGUGAUCAGAUCCAUCCUAGUGAGCGGCCGCAUCGGGCCCAACAUCCAUCUGUCCGAGUGCUACGGGCUGCGCCUGAAGCACGUCAAGUCAGACGAGAUCCACUGGCUGCACCCCGAGCUGACGGUGGGCGAGGUGCAGGAGAAGUACGAGUGCCUGCACCUGGAGGCCGAGUGGAGGUACGACCUGCAGAUCCGCUAUCUGCCUGAGGACUACAUGGAGCGUUUCUUAGAGGACAGGACCACGCUUCUCUACUUCUACCAGCAGCUCCGCAGCGAGUACAUGCAGAACUACGCCAGCAAGGUGAGCGAGGGCAUGGCCCUGCAGCUGGGCUGCCUCGAGCUCAGGAGGUUUUACAAGGACAUGCCCCAAAAUGCGCUGGAUAAGAAGUCCAACUUCGAGUUCCUGGAGAAGGAGGUGGGCUUGGACCUGUUCUUCCCCAGCCAGAUGCAGGAGAACCUGAAGCCCAAGCAGUUCCGCAAGAUGAUCCAGCAGACGUUCCAGCAGUACGCGCUGCUGCGGGAGGAGGAGUGCAUCCUCAAGUUCCUGCAUACACUCUCCACCUUUGCCAACAUUGACCAGGAGAGCUAUCGCUGUGAGCUCAUUCAAGGGUGGAACAUCACAGUGGACCUUGUCAUUGGGCCGAAGGGCAUCCGGCAGAUGACAAGCAAGGAGGCCAAGCCCACUUGCCUGGCCGAGUUCAAACACAUCAAAUCCAUCAAGUGCUCCAGCGUGGAGGACGGCCAGGCUGUGCUGCAGCUGGGGCUCAGCGGCACCCCCCAGUCCCUGGCCAUCAAAACAUCGUCUCUGGCUGAGGCAGAGAACAUGGCUGACCUCAUUGAUGGCUACUGCCGGCUGCAAGGGGGCCUGGACACAUCGCUCAUCGUCUUCCCCAGGAGAGAGAGGGAGAAGAGGAGCAGCCUUCCACGGAUUCCCAUCCCGCACCUGGAGGAGCGACACUCUGCUGUGUCUGACAGCCUCAGCGUUGACUCUGAGAUUUAUGCUGAAAUCCCUGACGAGACCUCACGCCCGAGAUCUGGAGCCCAGCACUACGGGAUCUGCCGGGAGGACAUCACACUGGGAAGGAUCCUGGGCGAAGGCUUCUUCGGCGAGGUGUACGAGGGCACCUACACCAACCCGAAAGGGGAGAGGGUGAAUGUGGCUGUGAAGACGUGCAAGAAGGACUGCAGCCCCGAGAACAAGGACAAGUUCCUGAGCGAGGCAGUGCUGAUGAAGAAGUUGGACCACCCCCACAUCGUGAAGCUCAUUGGCAUUGCAGAGGAAGAACCCACGUGGAUCAUCAUGGAGCUGUACCCCUAUGGGGAGCUGGGUCAAUACCUGGAGCAGAACAAGCACUGCCUCGCUGUGCCCACGCUCGUCCUGUAUGCACUGCAGAUCAGCAAAGCCUUGGCGUACCUGGAGGCCAUCAACUGUGUGCACAGGGACAUUGCAGUGAGGAAUAUCCUGGUGGCAUCCCCAGAGUGUGUGAAGCUGGGUGACUUUGGGCUCUCCAGGUACAUCGAGGAUGAGGAGUACUAUAAAGCGUCUGUCACUCGUCUCCCCAUCAAGUGGAUGUCCCCUGAGUCCAUCAACUUCCGACGCUUCACAACAGCCAGUGAUGUCUGGAUGUUUGCCGUGUGCAUGUGGGAGAUCCUGAGCUAUGGCCGGCAGCCCUUCUUCUGGCUGGAGAACAAGGACGUGAUCGGGGUGUUGGAGAGGGGCGACCGCCUGCCCAAGCCCGACCUCUGCCCACCCAUCCUCUACACCCUGAUGACACGCUGCUGGGACUACGACCCCAGCGAGAGGCCCAAGUUCAAGGACCUGGUUUGCAGCUUGAGUGACAUUUACCUGAUGGAGAAGGAGCUGGCCAAGGAGCAGGAGCGGAACAACCGCCACCGGCCUCCCAAAAUCAUGGAGCCACCAACUUCCCAGGAGCCGCCCCCUAAGCCCAGCAGACCCAGGUACAAACCUCCACCCCAGAGCAACCUCCUGGCACCCAAGCUGCAGUUCCAGGAGGAAGACUUCCUGCGUCCCAGCAGCAGGGAAGAGGCACAGAAGCUGUGGGAGAUGGAGAGGCUGAAGAUGCGGCAGGUGCUGGACAAGCAGCAAAAGCAGAUGGUGGAGGACUACCAAUGGCUGAGGCAGGAGGAGAAAUCCCUGGACCCGACAGUGUUCAUGAACAACAACACUGCUCUGCUGCUCCCGGAGAAGGAGAUGGAUUACAGUGAUUCACGGCCCCCCCCCCAGAAGCCUCCAAGACUUGGGGCACAGUCCAUCCAGCCAGCUCCCACUGCCAAUCUGGACCGCACGGAUGACACGGUGUACAGCAAUGUCAUGGACCUGGUGAGAGCUGUCCUGCAGCUGAAGAAUGAGAUCAGCCUGCUGCCCCCAGAGGGAUACAUCCUAGUGGUGAAGAACGUGGGCCUGUCCCUCCGCAAGCUGAUCGGCAGCGUGGAUGAGAUCCUGCCCAUCCUGCCCGCCACUUCCCGCACCGAGAUUGAAGGGACCCAGAAGUUGCUCAACAAGGACUUGGCUGAGCUCAUAAACAAGAUGCGCCUGGCACAGCAGAACGCCGUCACCUCGCUGAGCGAGGAGUGCAAGAAGCAGAUGCUGACGGCCUCCCAUACCUUGGCUGUGGACGCCAAGAACCUGCUGGACGCUGUGGACCAAGCCAAGGUCCAGGCCAACCUGGUGAAGCUGUGCGUGGAGUGAGGGAAUAUGAAGGGGUGGGGAAGGAGAAGAGGAGGAGAGGCAGCGCCGCAUUGGUCAGUAGCGAUGGGAGGAGAGCGGUGCGGACGAGCUGGCUUCUGUGUGUCUCCCGUGGCCUCGCCGCCCUGUCCUCCAUGUCCCCCUCCUCCUGCAGCUGCUUGUGUCUUUAGCAUCAUCUCAUCAGUCUUCUGAAGAAAGGAGGUGCCUGGUGACGCAUCCCUCCAAAGGACUGGGGGUGGCCUGGCUGUCCCCAAGGGUGGAUGAAGGUCCCUUUGGGUUCGGUGGCACCAACAGGGCUGUGUGUCCAUUCAGUGUUCCCAAUGGGCCUGUCCAGUGGGUCCAUGUGUCUAUCCAAUGGGUCCCCAUGUCCGUCCCAUGGCCCCUUCCAGGGACAGCACAUCCAACUGGGGACCUGCGCCCUGCUGCUCAGUGCUGGGAGCUGGGGACACAGUGACCAGGGGAGCUGGCUUCCCGGGAGGGGCUCGCUGGAGGGACUGUUUGCAAUUCCUUGUACAUUAUAUAGAAGAGUUUAUUUAAUGAUGGGCGUGCGUCGGGUCGGUUCUCACGUCCAGCCCCAGCCAGGGGAGUGUGGGAGGGAUGGGUCCUUGUGCCCGCAGCCGUCAGUGCCACAAAUCAGUCGGGAGGAUGGGGCCUCUUCCAGCUGAAUUUGCUCCAAGCUACUCCAUGUAAACGACAACAGCAACAAAUUCUCUGUUUGGUUUGUGCUUGAAUUGGAAUUCGUACGGUUUGGGCUUUUCCCCAGCAUCUUCCCACAACGCUGCUUGCGCUGGCUGAGAUAAACCAUGCACCAAG